AUGUCUCAGCCAGAUCGUAAAGGAAAGAAGACCUUAAGGGUUGAACAAGCCCUGAAAGAGAAAGAGAUGGGGAAUACGUAUUUCAAAAAUGGAAACUACUCAAAAGCAAUCGAACAUUAUGGGAAGGCCGUUGAACUAGAUCCUAAAGAAGCAGUCUUUGUCAUUAAUCGGGCGAUGGCUCAUUUGAAGUUGAAAAAUUGGGUAGAGGCAGAAAUUGAUUGCACUCAAGGAUUAAUAUUACAUCCCAAUAAUCCUAAAGCGUUAUGGAGAAGGGGUAUCGCAAGACGGGAAACUGGAAAAUUGGAAGAAUCUAAAAAAGGUUCUGAUGUAUUAAAAUUGGAACCAAAUAACAAAGAAAUCCAGGAUGAAUAUUCUAAAGUUUUAGAUAUUAUCAAAUCGAAUGAAUUAUCUUCUGAUUCAAUUGAAAUUACUGGUGAAAGAAGAAGGUUAACUAUUGAAGAAACUGAUUUUGAUGAAAACGAACAUAUUAUUGAAUCUGCAAGGAAAGAUUUGAAGUCCAAGUUAGCGGUGAAUGAAUUAGAUAAUAAAGAAUUACCUAUCAAAUCGACCACAUAUACUCGUCCAAACAUGAAGGUACCUCGUGCUAUGUUUGAAUUUGAGCGUGAUUGGGCCAGGUAUCAAGGAAAUAACGAAGAUUUGUAUCAUUAUAUUAAAAUUAUUCCGCCUGCUAGUUAUCCAACCCUUUUAUCCGAUUUUCUCGAAGUGGAUUAUCUCUCCCAAUUCAUAUUUAUUUUGAGAGAUUUCUUUUUGGUACGCGAUUCUGCAGAUGACGUAUUUGAAAUUUUGUAUAACUUGAAUCGUACCGAAAGAUUUAAAAUGGUUUUAAUGUUCUUGGGAGAAGAAGAUAAGAAAGCCAAUCAUAAUCAGAAAUUAACAAAGGCUACUCUUCAAGAAGUAUUGGAUUUGGCUAAAGUUUAUAAAAUUCAGUUGUGA